AUGAUGGAACACGAGACGCUGAAUUUGCCAAGUCCUAAAGACGACCUGGAAGAAGGAGAAUUGUCCGAUAGUGAUAGCGAUGGGUACACUCCCCUUGCACGGCCGGACCCGGCCAAGAUCGAGUUUGCAUCAGUCUCCGUUAGUCUGCCGAGACAAAUGGACAUCGUCUCCGAUGAGCAGGACGACGAUGAACUUCAGCAGGAUAAAAGUGACACGGACGGUAGCUCGGAUGAAAGUGACAGCAACAUAAGGCUCGGCUCUGGCAGCUAUUCUAAACGAAUGCUUGGCCAACCAUCACGAGCAGGACAUCAGCGAACGCUGCAUGCGCAUCCGAAGAGCGUUGUUGCUGGCAAACCAAACCCAACGCCUCGUGCUGCUGCUGCUGCUGCUGCUGUCCGACCGAACAAAUAUAACAUAUGGACGGAAAGUCUUCAGGAGGACACACUGAUGGAAACGAUGCGGGGUUGCGAUGUGACCGCGAACGGAAUGCGCAAUCGAGACGUCGAAUCGUACGAUUACAAGCUUCGGUCACGGUUGCAGAGCGGCAACGCAUUCGAACGGCUAAAACGCCGUCAGUCGAACUCGGACGAUUCGGACGGAUAUGCCGGUGGCGGUAAACGCAUGCGAACGUCUCAUAGCUCCUACCCUGAGCCGGAACCCCGAGAACGACCAGGCAGCGUAAAGGAACGAAUUGGCAAGCGGAAUAACAGCACCGACAGUAACAGUGACGACUGUGCGCAAAAUGCUCCAAGAUUCGAUUGCAGGCACAUACCGGAUCUGAAUGUGGAGGAGAACUGUUCCAAUGAAUCGUUCGGCAACGAGCUGGCUGGCAAACUGUGCGAAACUCACACCGAUCUAUUGGUGCGAGUAGUUGAAGCACUUGGCAAGGAGAUACCUAUGAAACUCUUCAAAGAAACCCAGAAAAUCGAAGCCGAUGGAGGAAUGCUGGUUAUGAAAGGCUGGCGGCGACGCACACCGGGUGGAGUGUUCCUGUUUCUACUAAAACAUUGCGAGGAGGUAGACCAGGAGAUUAAAAAGACUAUCUUCCAGGAGGACAAAAAGGCGAAACAGAAAGAAUGGAAGCUAACGAAAAAUUUGAACCGAGAUAAGAAGGUGGAGGAACUAAAGAAAACGCUUAACCGCCAAGCGGCUAACGAUACGGAACAACCGUCGAUACCGAUUAUGUCCCACUUGAAGGCGGAAACGCACAGCACUCUUUCAAACCCACCACCAUCGCCGGUGGGAGAGGAAAACUUCGAAGGUGGUUCCGACUACGAGUCACGCAACAUCCACGUGAACGUAACGACCAGUCCGGACAAAGCGCUUCUACACACGAACGAUACGGACAAAGAUUCGGACGCCUGUCCAGAAGACACGUGCCGACUGUUGCCGGACGGUCCGACGCCGAUGCGUAGUUUGGCCAGCUACCAAGAGGACUGUCUCGAUAUUACGUGCGAUGAUAUGGAUCUCUUUUAG